ACGAUUCGAUUUCCGUAACUAUAACAGGAGGGGUGGAAACCAUGAUAGAAAGGAAUACGAUUCGAUUCCGGCAACUAUAAUUGAGAAAGACAAAAACCACUUUAUGUCAAAACCGAUUCCCAGAUCAUAUUAGACGGCUGGGAUACUCGUAGUAAACAAAAAAUAAGCAAAUCACUUAUGUGAAUGCUGGUCUUCACUUCACUGCUACUGCACUUCACUGAACCCUUCCCCCUUCGUAUCAGUCACUCGAUGCGCAAUCUCGCUUCUACUCCUUCCAUUCCUGCCUUCGCAUCUUCUCCAAUCCUAAACCCCAAUCACCUCUCUUUCCUUACCUUCAACCCUCCACUCUCUUCAUCUUCCAGAAAAUCAACUUCAAUUCAAUGCUCUGUUCAAUUCCGUCCCUGCAUCGAUAUACACAAGGGGAAAGUGAAACAAAUUGUUGGGUCAACCCUUAAAGAUUUGAAAGGGGAUGAUGGGUCAGAUCCAAUCACUAAUUUUGAGUCUGAUAAGUCAGCAGCCGAGUAUGCAACUCUUUACAAACAAGAUGGACUCAAAGGUGGUCAUGUUAUCAUGCUUGGUGCUGAUCCUUUGAGUAGAGCUGCUUCUCUUGAGGCAUUGCAUGCUUAUCCUGGUGGUCUGCAAGUUGGAGGGGGAAUAAAUUCUGACAAUUGUUUGAGUUACAUCGAGGAAGGAGCAAGUCAUGUCAUUGUGACAUCGUAUGUAUUCAACAAUGGACAAAUGGAUCUUGAAAGGCUAAAAGAUCUUGUUCGGAUCGUUGGAAAAGAGAGGCUUGUGUUGGAUCUCAGUUGCAGAAGAAAGGAAGGUAAAUAUGCAAUUGUCACCGAUAGAUGGCAGAAGUUCAGCGAUGUGUCACUUGAUGCCGAAGUAAUGCAGUUUCUUGCCAACUUUGCUGAUGAGUUUCUGGUUCAUGGUGUUGAUGUUGAAGGAAAGAAGUUGGGAAUUGAUGAAGAGCUCGUGGCUUUGCUUGGCAAGCAUUCACCGAUUCCUGUGACGUAUGCUGGUGGUGUGACUGUAAUGAAUGAUUUAGAGAGGAUAAAAACUGCUGGAAUGGAUAACGUGGAUGUUACUGUAGGCAGUGCUUUGGACAUUUUCGGGGGGAACUUGGCUUAUAAAGAUGUUGUAGCUUGGCAUAACCAGCAAAAAGUCUUUGUCGCUUAAGUAAGAAUUGUUGAGAUUUGUUGGGGGCAUGGCCUAGGUGAGCUCUGAGCAGGGAUUUGUUUUAUUAUUUCUCUUCGCGUAACCAUGAAUCCGGUGAUUUUUCUAGUAAUCUCUGUUUCCAGAAUUUGCCUCAA